GGUGGUAGACUGGUAGCGCACAACCAAAAACCAGCUCCUUUGACCUCCCACACUGCUCCCAAGCCUCUGCAGCCGGCGGCGAGCAAUUCAGAGGGAGAAGAGAGGAGGAGCAGAUGGGAAAGACACUGGACUUCCUGUUGGGAAGGGGCUCAAGGAAGACGUCCAAGCUUAAGACCCUCCUGGGCCUCACCGUGUACCGCCUCGCCAUCCUCCGCAACUGCCGCCGGGUCCGGUAUGCCCAGGCCCGCGGCGACGUCGCCCAGAUCCUUCAACUCGGCGAUAUCGACCGCGCUCUCCUUCGGGUGGAGCUUGUGAUCAAGGAGCAGAACAUGUUGGAAGCGUUUGUGAUGAUAGAAGGCUGCUGCCAUCUCAUCACGGAGAGGCUUGUCCUCUUGGAGCACCAAAGGGAGUGCCCGGAGGAGCUCCGGGAGGCGAUCUCCAGCCUCAUCUUUGCCGGGUCGAGGUGCGGGGACCUGCCCGAGCUGCAGAGCGCUCGAUGCAUCUUUGCGUCCAAGUUUGGGAAGGAAUUCGCUACUGCUGCAGCGGAGUUGCGGAACAACUGUGGUGUGAAUCCCAAGAUGGUGCAGAAGCUGUCAACCAGACAGCCAAGCCUGGAAAACAGAGAGAAGGUGAUGAAGGAGAUCGCCGCCGAGAAAGGGAUCAAACUGGAUUUCGGCGAACCAUCUUCUGAGGUUCCAGAGGAGGAUCCAAGCCUGAACCAGAGAAGGAACCAAAGCCAGCCCAUGGUGAACUUGCCAUCGGAUACCACCCACAAGCUGUCUGAAUUGGAUCGGGGAGAGAAUUUGUCAUUGGGAGGAAGGCGGCAGUACGAAGAUGUGGUGAGCGCAGCACAGGCCGCAUUUGAGUCUGCCGCAUAUGCUGCAGUAGCCGCCAGGGCUGCAGUCGAGCUCUCCCGAUCAGAGACGCAAGGGAAAGUCCCUGGCGAGCCGGAUAGCGAAACUUUGGCCGGAGUUGGAGACGAUGCGAAGAUCCAUCCUGUCCGAAGAUACAGUUCGGAUCCUGUCCGAAGAUACAGUUCGGAGUCGGAAGAGGAAACACCGACGAAGAUUCCAAGAGAGAAGUCCAAGACAUGGCUAGAGAGAUCUUCAUCUUCUUCGAGCUCUGAUUCCGCCGAGGCUCCUUCUCCUUUGCAGGAUAUAAACAAGGCUUCAAAUGAACUGGGCUCGCCAAGGCCGAAGGGGAAGGAAAUUUUGUUGGAUAAGAGUGGCAGCGAGACAGAGGAGGAUCGGAAUUUUGGGGCGAAACCAUUACCGAUGAGUGAUUUAGAUACAGAUGAAGGUUUGUCUGACAAGCAACCAGUCUCUAACCUUCGGCCUGCCUACCGAAGAAAGCCAAGAAGAAAUAAUGUGAAUGACUCUUUGCAUGAGGAGAUGGAUAAUCUGGGAUUAAGAUCAAGAAAUGAACAUAAUACUGCGAUGCAUUAUUCCGACGCAGGAUCUGAAACUGAGAUGGAUCCUGCAGGUAAAUUGCCCAUGCGACACUCGUUUGUAUGGAAGAAAGCGGUCUCCAUGAGGACCCGAAGAGGAUUUUAGCUGCAAUUUUCAAGGCGUCGAAGAAGAUAAAUUAAGUUUAGGUAAGAUCCGGUAUGCUGUUUCAUAGGUGGAUCAUUAGUUAUUUUCGUUCUUCACCCGGUGUGAGUUUUGUAAAUUCAAUGUGUUGAUGUUGUUGUAUUGACAGAGGUAGUGCAAAUUUGCUCCGUAGUGAUGUCUGCUUCAUGAGCUUGGAUGAGUGGAGGGGGAAAUAAAAAACCAUUUUAGCCUUGUAGUAACGAAGUUUGUGCUCAUUUCUGUCUUGAAUCA